AUGUCGCUUUUCGGGAAUACCAAUCAAAACAAACCAUCACUUUUUGGUAAUGUGAACACAGCACCGCAAACGGCAGGAGCUAGUACGGGAGGUCUUUUUGGUGGUCUAGGUACUGCUACUAGUCAGGCACAAAGUACAGGAGGAAUGUUUGGUGGAAUGGGAGCUACUAGUCAACCACAAACGAGUGGUGGUUUAUUUGGAACAGCAACAACUAAACCUCAACAACAAUCAGGAACUGGAACUGGCGGUUUAUUUGGAGGACUUGGAACGACUCCAGCAACACAAUCGCAGCAAACAAGCGGUCUUUUUGGUGCGACUACACAACCCCAAACGACAAGCGGAACAACUGGAGGUCUUUUUGGUGGUGCUUUAGCUCAACCCCAACAGCCGCAACAGAAUACUAGUGGACUUUUCGGAAACACAACUACACAACCCAACCCUUCAGCAUCAAUGUUCGCGCCUACUCCACAACCUCAGCCUCUCUCACAAUCUCGGCAACAAAAUGGAACGAGCGGUGCCUAUUUUGAUGCCAUAUUGGAGAAGAGCCGGAAGAGGGCACACGAUGAGGACUCUUUAGGUUUACAAUUAGGCUUGGGGGAUAUACGCCAGCGCAUGAAGAGACUAGCUCCUACAACUAAAGAUGGCCCUGUUGAUGGGAGAGCUCAUUACUUAUUGGCAGCUUCUGGCGUGGAUCCAGGUGCUGCGCUAAAGGAUUUAAACUUGUUUACCGCUGCGACAGGAAGACUCGAUAAAGCGCCACCUCCAGAACCACCCGUUGACGCGGAUGUGGAGGCAUACCUGACACGACUGGAAACGCAAACUACAAUGAGUAUGAUAUCAGAAGGAUUGGCACGAUCUGUUCGUGAUUUCGACGACUUCCUGGAGGAAAAUGUUGCCAUGGAAUGGAGCGCACAGCGCAAGAGGAUAUACGAGCAUUUCGGCAUCAAGCCCAGAAGAGAACAGGGAGCAGGACCUUCAGCAGAAAGUUUUGCAGCUACAACUACGGAACCCACGGGUGGUUUUGGUCGAUCAAGACGGGGUAAAGGACUUGCUCCAGGAGCAUCUAAAGGACCUGGAAUUCCACGGGCUAGCGUUUUCGGAAAAUCAAGCAUGCAAAGAUCUGUCAUUGGAGCUGUUGCGCCAGGAGGGGCCGGGAACCGAGCACUAUUUACUGAUAUGGAGAAGACAGACACGAAUGCGUCGCCCCAAGGCCCUAGUGAUCGAUUCCUUCGAGAGAAGCAGGCCCGAUACAUCGAAAAGGUCCAAAAUCUCAAUGGUGCCAGAUUGAAAAAUCUUCACUACCCAAUUGCCCACGAAUUCUCGGCUGUGGUAGGUCAAGGUGGUGAACAACAUUCUGCAGACGUUUACAGAGCGUAUCGAUGCUUGAUGGAAAUUGUUGGGGAAGAUCCUGAUCCGGAUAGACUACAACUUCCCGGUGCGGUCAAACAGAGGCAAUUUGCAGCUGCUUAUCUAGACGAUAAUACGAAUUCCGCGCAAGCGGCAGAUCUGAGAAAACGAAUACUUGGUGGAUCACUUCGAUAUCUCGAGAAGGAAUUUUUCGAGAACGUUGAAGCCAUGGUUGCCAAAAAUCCCAGGGAAGCACUUGUGGGCGGUAGACCUACUCCUCUUACGAAAAUCAAGGGUUAUGUUCGCCUUCGUUCGGCCCGCAAAGAUCUUGUUACGGACAAUUCCGCUCUUCAGAUUUUUGAGAAUGAUUAUGUGUGGGCUGUAAUCUUUUACCUUUUAAGAUCUGGCCAUGUUGAAGAAGCCAAUGCUUAUGUCCAAGCUAAUCGCGACGCAUUCCGUGUGAUCGAUCGCAACUUUAUGUUUUAUAUCGCAGAUUAUGCCAAUAGCCCGGAUAGAAAAUUACGGCAUGAUCUUCAAGAUCGUAUUCACAAUGAAUACAACCAGCGAAAUCGAAUUGCUCCUGAUAAUUCUGUCGAUCCUUUCAGAAUGGCAUGCUACAAGGUAAUCGGCCGGUGCGAACUCUAUAUUCGCGCUCUGGAUCAGAACAUUGUUCAGAACCAGGAUGACUUUGUCUGGAUACAAUUUGUCCUUGCCCGUGAGGCAAACCGUGUUGAUGAGAUCGCCAGCGACGCAUAUGGACUCGUCAACGUACAAAAGACAUUCAAGGACAUUGGUGCUAGAAUGUUUUCCAAAGGCAAUGAAAAUAGUGGUCCAUUCAGUGUGUACUUUGUGCUUCUGGUACUUUCGGGCUUAUUCGAGGACGCAGUCGACCUCCUUUAUCGCCAUAGUAUUUCCGAUUGUAUUCAUUUUGCAACGUCACUUGCCUUUUACGGUUUACUUCGAGUCUCAGAUCCAGAUGUUGCAGAAGGUGGAUUCAUAAGUUACACUAUAAGACAACAACCUCAAAUAGCAUUUGGGUUAAUGAUUGGAUUCUACACUGCAGAAUUCAGAGCUGCGAACGUCAGUGCUGCUGUGGAUUAUCUUACCCUGAUCUGCCUUAAUAGUGAUCUCAAAGGCGACGUUGGUUCAAAACAAGUUGCAUUGUGCCACGAGGCUCUUCAGGAGCUGAUUUUGGAAAGCAGAGAAUUCGCUUUGUUGCUCGGUGAUAUCCGUCAAGACGGAAAGCGUAUACAAGGAGUUAUCGAAGAGCGCCUGGCGUUGAUCAAUCUAAGCAGCGCGGAUGAUUUCAUGAGAACUGUUACGAUACAGGCAGGAAGUGUCGCGGAUGAUAAUGGGCGUACUACUGAUGCAGUUUUGCUUUAUCACUUGGCGGAAGAGUAUGACAAUGUUGUUAAUAUCCUCAACAGAGCCCUUAGCGAAGCUAUUGCUGUACCCAUAGGCCAUAGUCCUAUGCGAUUACAGCCGCUUAAGCCAAGGCCUGCGGAUAGAUCCGGAAAACCCGCCCAUGCCAGUCUCAGUCUUACCUCAGUUGAUGACCCCGUCGAAUUGGCUACGAUAAUGACGAAUCUUUACUCAAAUAAUCGCAUGUAUCUCAACAAAAUCAAACAGGAAAACCGUGCUGCUUGCGAAGCUUUAUUGAAUAUCAGUCGUGCCAAGGAGUUUGUUGAGAACAGAGAAUGGGCCUCAGCAUUAGAUGUUGUGAGAAAUCUUGAUAUUCUCCCCUUGAACGCUGAGGGCAAUCCAAGUGAAAUACGAAGUUAUGCCACCAAAUUCUCAUCUCUUCCCCAAGAGGUUGCAAACACUAUACCCAGUCUAUUGAUGUGGACGAUCUUGUGUUGCAAUAGUCAAAGAACCUCUCUUAUGAAUGCACAGUAUGGAGGAAAUGAGGGUACGAGACGUUUGAUGGUUGCUCAAUUGAAACAACAAAACAUGGACUUGACGACAUAUACCAGUCAAUUGAGAUACCGAUUCCCAGCCUCUCUUCAUGAAGCUUUAGCAAAGGCUCAAUCUGAGUAG